AUGGAUACAACCCUACAGCAAGUCUUUGAAAUAUUCAUGGAUGAGACAGAACAAGAAUAUGUAAAAAGACAGAAUAUAUUGCCUCUACUGCAGACUCUAGGAUAUAUUGUGAAUGAACAGGAAAUUCAGGCAGUCCUGCCAUACGAAAAGGAUGCAUAUACUGUAGGAGAGAUAAAAACAAUGACUGAGGAAGAUGCAUUUCCACUCUUAUCAAAGGAUGACGUACUUAGUGCCUUCCAGGCGUACGACAUAAAUAAGACAGGGAAGAUUCCAAUAGGAGUAGUAAAGAGUAUACUGCAGGCAGGCCCAGAAGGUCUCUCUGAAGAAGAAGUUGAUGCAACUUUGUCUCUUCUGAAUCCAACACCAGAGGGAAUAGUUGAAUACACAAAGAUCUCUUUGUUAGUAUCUGAUAAUUAG